GUCUCCGUCCGUAUAAAGUAUACAUGCUUCAUUCCCAGUCACUCAGUCCCUGUGAUCUCCUUAGACGCAGCGCCGUCGUUUAUUCAGGACACGAAAGGAACUUAAAGAAAAACACGGGCUGAAAGGAUAAUCUCUUACGAGUGAUGAGAUGCAUAAAGAUAUUUAAAAAUGGAAAAAAGUAACAGAAAGAUUAGAAUGAAUAAUAUUUAUAUAACUGUUACAACAGAUUUUAACAGAUUUGUUAAUUUUCUAUACUGAUCGUCUACGCUGAAGCAAGUUACUUUCUAGGAUUAGUACUGAAAUUUGUACUUUUGCAUUUUCAUCUAUAUUUGCAAUUUCGACGUAUGCACUUUGACUUGAUUUUUUAUUUUAUUUUUUGUCCAGUGGAAAAGUUUCGAGCAUCGAACAGACCGACUUAAGUCUUAUUUUACGGUGCGUGGCGUAUCCACCCGCAACCACCUCCCGCAAAGUCUGCUGACUUCCAGCAGUUUCUUGAUAGAAAGACCACGCUUCAAUCUGUGUCGGCGACACGAUAGUAAUAGCAGAUUUCCCAGGUCCCUCGUUGUCUGCUCGCCUCUCUGGGGAGUGUAGGUAGGGCUCGCAGUCACGGCUCUUUAACAGCUAAAGAUAGAUGCUGUGAGGGAGAGGAAGCAGCGCUCCGCUUCGCCUUGCUGUUCGGGGGACGCUGUCAGCCGGGCCAUCGCAUCCACCAGCAGAUCUAUGAUUGCAAUUCGGCUCAUUUUUUCUUUGCUGAUGGUAGAGGAAUCAUGCAGCAAAGCUUUGCCGUACUCUGCAUCAGUUUUCUUGGGGUGUGUCUCGGUUCAAGUUUUCCAAGUAAUAUAAAUAUAGGGGGAUUUUUUCCCAGCGGCUCACACGAAUAUGAGGUUUUUCGUUUUGCGCUCUUGCACCACCAGGAUAUACCCAAGCUGGUACCUCACGUGGAUAUGGUCAACAUCUCCGAUAGCUUCGAAAUGACAUAUGCUUUUUGUUCGCAGUUUUCCAAAGGAGUGUACGCCAUCAUCGGCCUGUAUGACAGGCGGACCGUGAACAUGCUGAUGUCAUUCUGCGGGGCGCUGCACGUCUGCUUCAUCACGCCCAGCUUCCCCAUCGAGGCCUCGAACCAGUUUGUGAUCCAGCUACGGCCCGAGCUGCAGGACGCCCUGGUGGCCAUCAUCGAGCACUACAAGUGGAGCAAGUUCGUCUACAUGUACAGCUCGCACUCCGGCAUGACAGCUUUGCAGAAGGUUCUGGACACAGCUGCAGAGAAGAACUGGAUGGUUACCUCCAUAAACCUGCUGACUAUGACGGAGGCGGCCUUUCUGAAGGUCCUCCAAGACCUGGACAAGAAGAAGGAGGGGCAGAUCAUUAUGGACUGUGAGCUGGAGAGGCUUUCCUCCAUCCUCAACCUGAUUGCAGCUCAAGGGAGGAACCUGAAAAGCUACCAUUACAUACUGGCCAACCUGGGGUUCCUCGACAUCGACCUGACGGAGUUCAAGAAGAGCGGCGCCAACGUGACGGGAUUCCAGCUGAUGAACUACUCGGACCCGGACGUCAGCCGGACGAUACAGGAGUGGCUGGAGUUCGACAGCAAAGAUAUCAAAGCCCCGAAGAAGAGGCUGAAGUACACUGGCGCCCUCACCUACGACGGAGUCAGCGUUAUGGCGGCGGCCUUUCAGAACCUCCGCAGGCAGCGUAUCGAUAUCUCCCGAAGGGGCAACGCGGGCGACUGCCUGGCCAACCCUCCGGCACCGUGGGGGCAAGGGAUCGACAUCCAGAGAGCCCUGCAGCAGGUCCAGAUCAAAGGGCUGACGGGACACAUCCAGUUUAACGAGAAAGGCCGGCGGACGAACUACACGGUCAGCGUGAUGGAGCUGGGGGCAGACGGACCGAAGAAGGUCGGUUACUGGAACGAGGAGGAGAAGUACGUCAGCACCGCCACGUACACGCACGGCAACAAUGAGACCUUCGGGCUGCAGAACCGGACCUACAUCGUCACGACCAUCCUGGAGUCGCCGUACGUGAUGCUGAAGAAGAACCACGACCAGUUCGUGGGGAAUGACAAGUACGAGGGCUACUGCGUGGAGCUGGCCGCUGAGAUCGCCAAGCACGUCGGCUACACAUACAAGCUGGAGAUUGUUCCAGACGGGAAGUACGGGGCCCGUGACUCCGAGACCAAGAUGUGGAACGGCAUGGUGGGGGAGCUGGUAUACGGGAAAGCUGACGUGGCCGUGGCCCCCCUGACCAUCACGCUGGUGAGGGAGGAGGUCAUCGACUUCUCCAAGCCCUUCAUGAGCCUGGGCAUCUCCAUCAUGAUCAAGAAGCCGACCAAGUCCAAGCCGGGCGUGUUCUCCUUCCUGGACCCGCUGGCCUACGAGAUCUGGAUGUGCAUCGUCUUCGCCUACAUCGGCGUCAGCGUGGUGCUGUUCCUGGUGAGCCGCUUCAGCCCCUACGAGUGGCAAGGGGGUGAGAUGGAGGAGAUGGACGAGCACCAGUCCAGCCAGCAGCAGCAGCAGCAGCCGCCGCAGUCUCCCGCGCUUGAGAACCAGGCCCAGACGCCCCAGAACCAGCCUCUGCCGCAGAGCCAGGAGCACAGCAACGAGUUUGGCAUCUUCAACAGCUUGUGGUUCUCCCUCGGAGCGUUUAUGCAGCAAGGGUGCGACAUUUCACCCAGAUCUCUCUCCGGCCGCAUCGUGGGCGGAGUCUGGUGGUUCUUCACCCUCAUCAUCAUCUCCUCUUACACGGCCAACCUGGCGGCCUUCCUCACCGUUGAGAGGAUGGUGUCGCCCAUCGAGAGCGCAGAGGAUCUGGCCAAGCAGACGGAGAUCGCUUACGGCACCUUGGAUGGUGGUUCUACCAAGGAAUUCUUUAGGAGGUCCAAGAUCGCCGUCUUCGAGAAGAUGUGGUCCUACAUGAAGGCGGCAGACCCCUCCGUGUUCGUGAAGACGACGGACGAGGGCGUGCUCAGGGUGAGGAAGUCGAAGGGGAAGUACGCUUACCUGCUGGAGUCCACCAUGAACGAGUACAUCGAGCAGCGCAAGCCCUGCGACACCAUGAAGGUCGGGGGUAACUUGGACUCCAAAGGCUACGGCGUGGCCACGCCCAAGGGAUCGGCCCUAAGAAUCCCCGUAAACCUCGCGGUGUUGAAGCUCAAUGAGCAAGCCGUCUUAGACAAACUGAAAAACAAAUGGUGGUACGAUAAAGGGGAGUGUGGAAGCAAGGACUCCGCAAGAAAGGACAAGACCAGCGCUCUGAGCCUCAGCAACGUGGCUGGGGUGUUUUACAUCCUCAUCGGAGGACUGGGACUGGCUAUGCUGGUGGCCCUGGUGGAGUUCUGUUACAAGUCCAGAACCGAGUCCAGGCGAAUGAAGCAAAUCAUCAACAACGCCAUGCUGAGCUCCACUUUGACCAGAAUGACCCGGAAUGGCAGCGGAGGCGAGAACGGGCGGAUAGUAUCGCACGACUUCCCGAAGGAGGCGCAGACUCUGCCGUGCGUGAGCCACGCGGCCGGUAUGGCCAUCGGCGUGUCGGGAAUGUGAAGGUGCCACAGCUGGACGGAGUGAGCAAUAGACAGGACGAGCUACGUCCCGCUAUAGGCUAUCACAGGCCCUGCCGUCGAGCGGAUCCAUGCCAUGAUCAGACAAUUCACUCUGAACUGUGGAGAGAGAUUUUUUUUUUCUUAGAGAAAUCGUUUUCAUCCACUGCAAUAAUGAAGCCAUCUGGACUUAGCAAAGGAUUGUACGAGCGCGUGAUGAAAGAGGGAAAUCCCCCAAAAUUUAAUUCCUGCGCUGUGCCAGCACCAUGGUCCUGCCUCCUGUCAUCACCUGUGGUUUUUCUUUUUUGACUACUGAGCUGUCAGUGGUGACAUCACCGCUGCCAUGAAAGGUCACUUCACAGAAACCCAAAGGCUCCUCCCACUCUGUUAUGUUCCGCUCUUUGUCAUAUCUUUAAGUAGAUGAUAAAAAGAAUGUACUAAGAAUUAUUGUUGGAAGUAGAAAAAAUUUGCUUAAUGCAUUGUCUGUUAUUAUUAUUA